UUACACGUCUUGGAGUGUAUGGUUCCUGCUCUUCAAAGAUUACUGUAUGACAGAGAUUGAUGAGGCGAUCCCGCAGCUCAAGUUCUAUGAGGAGAUAAAGGAAUAUGAGAAGCUGGACUCCGAAGAGGACCGCCAGUGUAGAAGCCGACAGAUUUAUGAUAAAUACAUCAUGAAAGAGCUGCUGUCCUGCUCCCAUCCCUUUUCAAAGAAAGCUGUAGACCACGUGCAAACUCACCUGGCCAAGAAGCAGGUGCCCCCCACGCUAUUUCAGCCGUACAUAGAAGAGAUCUGUGACAGUCUACGGGGGAAGAUAUUUCAGAAGUUCAUAGAGAGUGACAAAUUCACCCGCUUUUGCCAGUGGAAGAAUGUAGAGCUAAACAUCCAUUUAACGAUGAAUGACUUCAGUGUGCACCGGAUCAUUGGUCGAGGGGGCUUUGGGGAGGUGUAUGGCUGCCGGAAAGCAGACACUGGAAAAAUGUACGCCAUGAAGUGUCUGGACAAGAAGAGGAUCAAGAUGAAGCAGGGCGAGACACUGGCUCUGAACGAGAGGAUCAUGCUGUCCCUCGUCAGCACAGGGGACUGCCCCUUCAUCGUGUGCAUGACCUACGCCUUCCACACGCCGGACAAGCUGUGCUUCAUCCUCGACCUCAUGAACGGGGGGGACCUGCACUAUCACCUGUCCCAGCACGGGGUCUUCUCUGAGAAGGAGAUGAGGUUCUACGCAGCAGAGAUCAUCCUGGGGCUGGAGCACAUGCACAACCGAUUCGUGGUCUACCGGGACCUUAAGCCUGCGAACAUCCUGUUGGACGAGCACGGUCACGUCAGGAUAUCUGACCUGGGUCUGGCCUGUGAUUUCUCCAAGAAGAAGCCUCACGCCAGCGUCGGCACACACGGGUACAUGGCUCCAGAGGUGCUCCAGAAAGGCACGGCCUACGACAGCAGCGCCGACUGGUUCUCGCUCGGCUGCAUGCUCUUCAAGCUGCUGCGAGGUCACAGUCCUUUUCGGCAGCACAAAACCAAAGACAAGCAUGAGAUUGACCGCAUGACUCUCACAAUGAAUGUGGAGCUGCCGGACUCGUUUUCCCCGGAGUUGAAGUCUCAGCUGGAGGGCCUCCUGCAGCGGGAUGUGGCUAAGAGGCUGGGCUGCCUGGGCCGGGGAGCCCAUGAAGUGAAAGAGCACCCUUUCUUCAAAGGGAUUGACUGGCAGCAAGUCUAUUUACAGAAGUACCCUCCACCUUUGAUCCCUCCCCGAGGAGAGGUGAACGCUGCUGAUGCCUUUGACAUCGGCUCCUUCGACGAGGAAGACACCAAAGGCAUCAAGCUGCUGGACAGCGAUCAGGAGCUCUAUAAGAACUUCCCACUGGUGAUCUCGGAGCGCUGGCAGCAGGAAGUGGCGGAGACGGUGUACGAGGCAGUGAAUGCCGACACAGAAAAGAACGAGGCGAGGAAGCGUGCCAAGAACAAGCAGCUGGGCCACGAGGAGGAUCGCAGCAUCUUCAGAGAAUGA